UAUAAUGCCCAUAAAAAAAAAUAAAAAGAUACAUGAAAAAUAAAAAUGCGGAAGGAAUGUUGAAACUAAAGAUCUCAACAAAUCUCGUCCGCAGGAGGAAGCCAAUUGCCAAGAACUGGAAUUUCCAAAAAUCGAGUUCAACUUUCAGAAAUUAAAAGGACGCUUUCGCUCGUCGCGGAAAAAGGAGCACGAGAAGAAGAUCAGAAUGCGCCGGAUAUCGCGACGCGCUCUCUGAUAUUACUUUAACGAGAUGGACGCGCAUCGUCGGAGUGUUCGCUUUUCGCGUGUAGACGCCUUUUCGUCGUAGGAACGGACUACCGGUCAAUUAACGACGUGACACCAUAAUUGGCGCGGUAAUUCGAUCCCCUUGCGGUAGGAUCCUCCGGGGUAGCUCGCGCGUUUCUGGGCCCCGAGUUAAGCGACCGCGCGCGCGCACACAUCGUUAAAUUAAAAUCCCGAGGCGUUCGCCGGAGCACCGACGUGGCCCGCAGCAGGGCCAUGCCCGGCGCUGCCGUCUAAUUUGUAGCGCAUAAUAUUCGAAUAAUUUGCACGCGUUAAUGGAACCGGGCCCCUUCGUCGGCCACGGGGCGCACGGAACCACCUUGCAAAUAUUUGCGACUAAUAAAACUGAUUCGAGCCGAUAGGUGUUGGACGGAGCCACCGGAAAUCGGAGCGAGCAAAUACGAGUCCGGAAAGUCUCGCGGCUGCUCUCCAACGACGUUAAACUUAAGAAUGUUAAACUUAAGAAUAUGUCGCGUAUUUGAAAAUUUAAAAUAUUAACUUUUUUUCUACUAUUUUACGUCGUACCGGAGACGAUCGCAAGUGCUUUCACAUACAAUGACAGUACGUGCAAAAAUUGAUUGGAGCAGUGCAAUUUCUCUGUGAAUCAAAGCAAUCAGCAAUCAAAUUUAAUCAGUCGUCAUAUAUCACAAAUAAUUCAUCGUAAAAUUAUAUUUUACUAAUUUGUUAUAAAAUCAUAAAUAAUUAAAUCAUCGAUUAAAUUACUCGUGACUACAUAACGAUUGAUUAAUUUUGAUGAUCGAUUUGCUAAUUAUUUUAGUCACAAGAAAUUUUUAUUAUUUUCAUUAAUGCCUAACAUUGUAAAACACUGGAAUAUUGCUCAAUAUGACGUAAGCUAAGUAGGUGGUUUAUUAUGCAAUUGCUUUUACCCGUUUAGCAAGAUGUUUAUUAUGUUUGCGACAUCAUGGACAGUAUCGUUUACAAAUGUGCAAUUUUGACCGGCCAAUCGAGUCGAAGCGAAAUUGCGCGAAUAACUCAUCUAAUCUUAUCAAUGACGUAUCGAACGAUGCGAAAUCAUUUUGCCACUCACCGCGACGAAACUAAAAUAUCGCACACGUACCGCGUGUUAUCUUCGAGUCGGACGUUGUUCGUAAACUUUUGCGGAACAGCGCGGCCGCGCAAUAAAUUUCACUUUUAUUUUCAUGCGAGGCUGAUUUUCGCGACGAUGAGAGUGACGUGACUUUUCGAUACGCGAGAGUGACAAUCGCGAUACAGAGCAAACAGUGACGAAAGUCAUAGCGAUUAUCGUGUUUUUCCGUGAAGUAUUUGAAUUUUAACACAGCUCGACUGACCAAUUACACAGAGGAUGAGACAUCAAGACAAGUACCGGCCAGACUGCACAUUAGGCGUCUCGGAGACAUACAUAAUGUAACGAGUCUUAGUCAUCGGCCCGUCAAGAGUAGACCUCCUCCCCGUUGAACAUUGAUUUACAAGCCGCGUGCCUGACACAGAAACUUACUUUCCUUGUUUCCACGAUCGGUUUCCGCGUACCUGGACGCGGUUAUUUCCCCGAGUGUUCACAUCUUCACCCGCAAUCGGCUAGUUACAGUGCCUUCGGCAAAUACGAGGCGGAACAACAGCGCUAGUAUGUGUGUUCAUGUGUUUUAUCGUUCUCAAAAUCAUCAAGUUCUCAAAAUUAAUUUAGAUGCGAUCGCGACUACUUGGACAGUUCAAUUUGUAAUUCGCUUAUCUGCACCGUCGACCUUGACCAACGCGAGUAUUCCCCUGAAAAAGUCUAUUCCGGUCUAAUCGUUCUUUCCUCCUUCCCACGUACAUCAUUACCGGCUAUCCUGGUGUUUAAUGAGUCGGUUCCCCGAGUUCGCCAAAAUGUCAUGUGUAAAAAUAUCUACGGUUUCCCAUAUUUUCCUCAAUCACGCAUAACGAGCUCUUCCCCUCUUCUCCCUCUGUCCGAAAUACGUCACGUGCCCUACGAGAGCCGACGAUCGAUUCAAAGGUACACGCACCGCCUCAGCGUCGACACGCCGAACCUCACCCUCUCAAACAGAUCCUCUUGGACUCCAUCUAUCUAGUGAUCAAUCGCGAUCUCGCGGUUUCCAUCAUGUGAUCGAUCGGACUCGCGAGACGACCGGCGAGUUUAAUGACACGUGUAAUGAAAUCGAUGUGGCCCGCGGGUCCUGAGCCCGCGCACAGUCCACGAACAGUACCGCUCCCCACGCGGAGGUCGCGCAGUGAGGGUGGCGUGCGCGCAGGUGGGAGGACAGGGAGGACGUACUGGCAGAUCGGAGGACUACGGUGGGGCUACGGAAGGGGGCUGGAGGCAGCGGUGGCAGGAGGAAGGGAGGUGGGACCGAGUGGCGGUGAGCGAGCGAACGAGCGCGAGAGCGAGAGGACGAGGUGAGUAGUGAGUCCGUGAGCUCGAGUGAGUAACUGGGAGUCGCAACCGGGGGACCCACUCAGUCACCACGAGAUCGGCAAGCCGAAUGGUCAACCGCGCCGGUGGUUCUUCUCGGAGAGUCUGCAACGCGUCGAAGGGAGCAACCGGCGAGGGCCCUCGGAUGUCAUCGGGCGCGACGGUCCACCGCGGCUACCUCGACCCGAUCGCGGCGCACAGGUGGACGGUCGGCUGUUGCGUCACGUCGUGCCGAUCUCCCGACGGAGAACGGCCGUGCCGAUCAGGAUCCGAGUCUCGUGAGCACACCGACGAUGUGGAGAUUCCUGGUGCGCUGUUAUGUCACUCUGACGUCCAUCUGACGCGCAGCAGUAACCACACCGCCGGUGAACACGUUCUCGUUACUCUCUGACGGUCCUUCUCUCUCUCUCUCUCUCCUCUCUCUCUCUCUCUCUCUCUGCCUCUCUGUCUCUUCGUCGCGAUAUACUCCGGAUCGUGACUCGAUUGUUGGUGUCCGCGCGCGCGCGACGGUUCGUCCCCGGCAGCGGGACGCGACGGUUGGACGAGGCAACGGACAGCGUCGUCUUCUACGGUGCAGCCGAGCCGAUCUCCGAGGCGGUGGGAACGCGAGCGAGCGAGUGGAUGCGAGCGGAAACUGUCGCCCGGAGCAGCCGAGGACUCUCCUGCAGGAGGACGAGGAAGAGAUGAUCUUCGAGCUGCUGGUGGCCGGAGCGUUCGCCCUCGCCACACUAAGGCGGUGUGUGUACAUUGCUGAAUUCUAUCCACUUUCUCUCUAACGCAUAUAACUCUAUCUGUCAAUACAUAUAUAUUUCGCUUUGGUACACCGUCGUUUCGCGAGUAAGAGGCAUUCGUCGCGCAAACACUCACCGUACGAAUGAAAACGGGUCGUGGAUGUUGCACCGAGCGCGCGCGUUGGCGCGUGUGUCACUACAUCGCUCCUCUCGCGGCUUAUUUGCGUAUCUCGCUCCAGGCAUUGACGUCUCUCCGCGCGAGGGCCUCUUUCGGGAAAGUCGAAAUCGCCUCAAUCCACGACGACAAGUGUUCGUUUUUCGGGACGCGAGUUUUGCGAGAACGCGUGCUACGUUAAGCAACAAGAGACCGCGGAGGAAUGCGUCGCGCUCUUUGUUGAUCGAUUUUUUGUUAUCUUUAUCGAUUGCGCCGAACGGGUUAGUGAUCUCGUCCGUGAAACCGACGCCGCGAAAAAUGGUCACGUUUUGCAAGGAAAUCAUCAAGUGCGAAAUGGCGGGACAGAUCCCGGAGAAUCGAUAUAAAAUACGGGACGCGCGUACACAAGUUGGCUCUUCCGCUUCUGCUAAUUUCUCUGCAACCAUCUACCAGAACGCAUCUCUUUGUAGAUUUUAUCGAAGAAUCUUUGUUCAACACGUUCUCGCGCCUCCUUCAAACAGGAUCGGUUCUGCCGGAGAAUAUCCUAGUUUGCGCGAAUCCCAGCACUCGUAGGAAAAGAACACAAGGCCAUCUUCUUAUAUCGUAAUUGCAAUUGCACGAUAAACGCUAACUACGUACAUUUGAAUAAUUUACCCUCGUGUAAAACACUAUCUCGAGUCAUAAUAACCUGAGCGGCGUAUUAUUGGAAUUUAUGUAAAUUGAAAACCGCAGCUUCAAAUUGGAGUUUGUGUUAAUCUUAUUCCGCUCAUUAAGGUUCUCUCAGCACAGAAUUAACCGGCAAAAGAUUUACACGUUUAAUAUUACUCGAGAAAUCCAUGAAUGAUCUUUGAAAUUAUCUUUGUUAGAUAAGACUCUAUUUUCUUGUACUUUUCAAGUUGAUAAAUACAAAUUACUCGUGCGUUUUUUCUUGCAACUAUUCCCAGUGCGGCAAUUACGUCAUAGAACGGCCGCAAUAUCGGUAAUUAGUAUCAAUGUUACGAAUAAUAUUAAUAUACCUUAAAGUCGCCAAUUUCGAGAGAAUCGCACGACGCAAAGAUAUCUGAAAUGAACAUCAGUCGACAUAGCGACUCGAUGAGUCGCUAUACUAAUUUAAUCUUGUGCGACGGAUAAAUUUAAGCUCCACUUUCUGGUGAUAACAAUACAUGCGUUUCUCACCAACGUAACGCUCUGAAAGACUGAUACCUGAGAGAUUUAUAGUCUCGUUGUUUGCGAUAAUAAUACAACCAUUCAUCCCACGCAGCGCAUUUUACCUCAUUUGCAGUCGUAAUCACACACGCUUCUCCGGGACGCCGUGUGUGUUGACAUGCGUUCUUUCGCGUAUUAUUUAUUUACACACGGCAGAAAAAUAAGUUCCCCACGCAAUACGUCGUUCGAGAGAUCUCGCGUUGCGGCAGAGAUCAACGCGAUACUUCGCGGCGCGUGCUUGAAAAAUUUGUUAUCUACUAAUUAGUGACUAAGCGGUGAACUGAGUCAGUGCGCUAGAUUAGGUUGCUUGCGUGUUUAUUUGGCUUCGGUCUUGGGGCACCGGCGCGUAUAAAUACAUGGAUAUCGAUAACUGAGUUCUCGUUUAGGACCUUCCCCCACAUACUCCGAUACUUAUCGAUCUGCUUGACUCUCCGCACAAGCAGAAAUCUACACUUAUCACUUGGGUUUCUGCGUAAAUAAACAGUUCGACCGAACAGUUGGCCACUUUACCAAGAGACAUCUAUUUUAUUUUUUACGCAAGAUAUAUCAGCUGUCGAUAGAUCUAGGAUUUCGUGUCGUUGGCCAUCAUCCGUACAAUAUUCUCGAUCCUAUUUGCGCGAUCUCAAGCGCGAUGAUUAAUUUAUCCGCGAGCACGUCUAUUUAUCUAUAUUUUAUCCAUUUUCCGCAGAAUAAAUGGCGGUUUGUUUCAACCGCGAGCAUGCCGCUGUUCCGCAUCACCGCCACUUUCCAAUUAGUCUUGCUCAUUGCUAUCCACCUAAUUCGUCAUGCUCACGUAGAUUUUCAGCUCGUAAAUAAUCGCUGGAAUUAAUUCGCGUUUAGUCCACUGCGAUCACAUUACGCGCAACUAUUCGCAACAACAUUGCAGCGCGCAGUCAGGAUUCAAAGUAAGAUUUUCCGAGCUCACGGCGAACGGUGGACGUAGAACGAAACACGAGAGGUUGGUCUACUCUUUCGCAAGCGAAUUUACCGCGUACGAGCCUAAAUAUUAUUACAGAAUAAUUUGAACGCCACACUCGCGAGACCAUUAGACCGUGAUUCGUUGCGCAAUUCCACCCCAAUAAUGAAACCCGCUCGUCAAAGGGUAACUCUAAUUCUUGCACGACAAAUUUGGAUUCGUUACCGAGCCGUUUUCUACCUUCCUCUCCUCCUCCUCUUCCUGCUCUCUAUGGAAGGUACGGCCGCCGAUAGAGACGCGCGUCGUGUUGAUACGGGACACACACGGACUGUUUGCUCGGGUACCAUCGCGGACCCUUUUUUUUUCGUGUAGGCCCCGAGUCGAGUCACAACACUAGUAAAGUUACAAAAGCCGAAGGCAAACAGAUCCGGGGACGGGCCUUAACCGGUUUAUUAAACACUCGCGCGCCCCGGAGGUGGUCCCCAUCGUUGCUGAAAGUGGCGACGACGCGACCAGCAGCGGACGAGGACGACGGCGACGUCGUCAACGCCGCUCGGUCGUCUUCCGGGGCCCAAAUGUGCACCUCCUCCUCCUCCUCCUCUCUGUACGUACGUACGUGCGUGCGUGCGUGCGUGCGUGCGUGCGUGCGUACGUACGUAGGUACGCUCGUUCUCACCGUGGCACCACCUUGUCGAGAGGGCCAACAGAGGAGUUCACUACUCCCCUCGCACGUAUGUACGGGACGAAAGCGAUCACCUCACAGAGGUGGGAAGGAAGGAACGGACGAAGGAGGAGUCAAACAACGCUCAGGCAAACCUUCCUCUCUUUUGUCAGGUCGAGCCGACCCGCCGGGAAACGGCUUUAGAUUCCGGCAACCGCAAGGUUUUCAUUUCGACCCGGUUAUAAUCAUUAUGAGGUAUUAAUUCCGUCGACGGGGGCGUGCGCGCGCGCGAGAGUGAGACAGAGCGCGUUUCAACGUUCUCCGAUUUUAAUCGCAGGUAAUUCCGAAAUUACCGAUCUCUUUCAAGAACAUCGGCUGUCAUCUUUUUUCCCGCCGACUUUGAUACCUAACGUCAGUCUUCGAGACACGUAUAAUAUACAUGUGCCGGCCUUCUCCUCUCUCGCGGGUUAGUCUGCGCAACACGAACUUUCGACGUGGUGCAUCGACGCGGUGGAAUUUUUGUACGUCUCUUAGUGUCACCGAGUGACUUACGUCCUACGACAGAAAUAAAAGGAGAGAGAGAGAAACAGAGGGCCCCGACAGAGUGACUCGGACGCGCACUGGGUUGUGGUUUUGGGUUCAGCAGGGUUCACUGGACAUAUUAUGGGACAGACGGGCACUCCAGCGUGAAAUGAAAAUAUUAUGCCAGCGUUCAGACUGCCGCACCACGCAUGACACAUCGAGGAAUUGCUGUACACGCACAUCUUAAAAGUCGAGAAUUUAUCGUGCGCGUUUUCUCGUUUCACACGACCAUUUUUCCGCAGCGAAUCGCCUUUCGCGAAAAGACAAUCACUGUCGGUUAAACGUCGGUAUCUGCCGGUAUAUUGAGAUUCGAUUUACGAUAACAAGUCGUACACAAUAGAGUAAUAUUUCUCCCUAUAACGUUAAACGUUGAUCUAAUGCCAGGAGUUAUGAGCUGUAGCUUUCUUUGUUGUCCGGUGAUUAUUUAGAUGGAACUAGCGUCGACUAAAAUUCGCCAAAAAUUUAAUUGCGCGGGGAAAAUAGACUGCAGUUUAGUCCUUCCUAGACUGCCCUUUCUAGUGUUUUUAAUCCCUUCUCUUCUAAUAGUUUCCCACAAUAAAGCAAAAUUAAUUUCUUCUGUAAUUAGAAGUAAAUCACACAAAUAUUAGCAUUUUUCUUGCACGGAAGGAGAAUAGAUUGUCAGUAAUAUCAAUUUUGUUUAUAAACAUAGCUAAUUUUGCUAGAAGCAGCAAUUUCUUAAUAACGCAUGCCAGCUUGUAAAUUGUAAAUAGCAUACAUGAAAUAAAAGGAUAAUAAGUCACUGCAGAAUAUCAAUCUGUUCCUCGAUUACAAAGUUCUAUAUUAAUUUUUACUGUAAAAUUCUCUCCAUGUAGCCAUUGACACUCUGGAAAAAGCUGGUUUCUUUUGCAACCUGCGGCAUGUCUAUUAAGAGAUUUAGUAGUGAAGAUUUUGGAAUCACAGGAACGAGAAGUUUCUGCACUGCAUUGCUGUAGUCGUAUGAGAAACCAUUAAUUUUUUUUAGAGUUAAUAACUAAGAGAAUCCAAUAAUUAUAUAGUUGACUUUAUAACGUAAUUAAUCCGCAUACGUCAAUCGUGAUACGUAUCUCCGACAUUAUAUUGAAUCUCUGCACACAAGUAAUUUCUUCGUCUGCAUAACAUUUUUUUCUGUACGCGAAUGACGUCGCGUUGACGCAACUUUCUCAUAUGCCCUCCGUGAACCUCUCUUAUUAUUUCUUUUUUUUUUUUAAUAAUAUUGUAACGUCGAACCUGUCUCGGUAAGUCCGCUGUCUAGCUUACGCUAGCUCGCGACGAGAUAUCGACACGUAGCGCACACGUCGUCGGUGCUGAAGCAUCGAGCGAUCCGGCCGAGGCCUCGGGGUUACUUUUUGUGGCAAUUUGUUAAUCGUACUUAGUUACAACCGAAGGAGCGACGCGGAACGUGUGCCGCUAGAGAGGCGAAGAAGAGAGAGGGAAAGAUGGAGAACGACAGCUUGCGAGAGAGUAAACCAGACUUCGCGAGAUAUAACUUCACAGUCUUAUACGCAUUCCCAUCUAGUUUCCCAACGGGUUCUCCUGACCAACUAUCAGCCGCCGAUCCGAUCACGUUUCCCGAGUCUCGCUGUGAUGCUGCGAAUAAUAACGAAAUCGCGAACAGCAAAGGCGAUCUCGUAUAUUUUCGUGAUUUAUAGGCGAUCCAAUAAGAUCGUAAUCGCGCGCAAUUGAUCGGACUGAUUUUUGUUGUAGAGAUACUUUCCCGCGGUGUGCUUACUUCAACGUCGCGAUGAAGAAAAGUCAAGCAAUUUUCCUUCCCUCCGCGCAAAAAAACGCUCUCGUAGAGGCGCCUCGUGCGAGUAAAAAAACUCGAGCGGAUCAACGAUUACAUUGUGACGUGCGAGGAAACGACAUAUUCGGUGGCACAAACGGUCACUCUCACGAGUUUCGCCUUUUUCCUGAGCUCGGGGCUGAAUCCGGCUUCGGCAGCGCCGGCGAGCAGUCUCCGACUCGCGGCCAAUUCCUAUAGCAUGGAACCCUGGUUGCAACCCUGCGGCACCCAAGUGGUGGCCACGCUCAAGAGGGUGCCGCAGCGACACAGCGUGCACAGGACGCUGAAGAGGGUGAAGACGCAGCUGCGUGUCGCGCACAAUCACUUCAGGAAGGAUCUCAAUGACAUGCGCGAAAUUUAUUCGAAGGUGUACAAUGUGCUGAAGGAGCAGUACAAAAUGAAUUGGCUGCCCGAGAAGCAGCUCGAGUGGUAUCACAAGGAGCUUUGGUGUCUGGAAAAGGGAAAGAAGGCCGAGCGCGCCUUGCCGCGCUUGCACGACGCGCUGCAGAGGUUCGCCAUCACGUUCAAUCAUCUUCGGGACUAUCAUCUCAAAUCGAACAUCAACGUCAAUCUCACCAGACGGAACGAGAUCGUCGAGGGGAUGUACAACGAGAUUCUCCGGAUGCUGUGCGAGGUUGAGACCGCGAUUCUGAAUCUUGGCCUGCAACUGCCCACCACACAUACCGCGCACAUCGUGACAGAAAGCCAGGAUUGGGCAAAGGAGGGCGAUCUCACGCAGAUGUUGAUUCAGGAUUGGGGCGUGCUGAGACUCUAUCAGAUGUUUCUCAACGAUUGGACGAGGGCGUUCCGCAACGCCACCGCGACAGGGCCCGGCACCUGCGACCCCAAUACGAUCAAGCCACUGAACUUCAAGAAGAACGCUAAGAAGAGACUCGGCGGGAAGGGCGGCAAGAGUAUGAUGAAAAUGAAGAAGCAGAGGAAGCACCCCCGCGCGCCGGGCCGAAACAGUUCCUUGCCGCAGCGACCCAGGAGGGGACCCCCGCGAAACAGACUGAUGAGGAACAAGCAGAAAAAACCCGAGUUAAUGUUUUCUAAUUGAGGAAACCCGCGUUUCACAGACCCCGAGAUCUGCCAACUUGUAUCUCUGUACAGCGUCGAUUCGUAUAUCACGUCACACGUACUUUAACGUAUAACCCACGUAUUUAUUCCAUUAUCGCGACUCAUCAUUCUCGUCUGGAUACUUUUGAAUCGUUCAGUAGACUCGCAGGUUCGCCGAUACAAUCGCAAGUCGUGCCUGAUGCUGUGUUGUUGUUAAGAUUAAGAAGCGAGAGUACUUCCAAUUGCCGCGCGCGGUGAAUCAUUAUUUAACUCGAGAGUCUUUCCACUGGACAGUCAGGUCGGCCCGACUGUGGCAAUAGAAAUAUUCUUAAUGGACAAUAAACUAGAGACCAGUAUUAAGAGAUCUACUUCUGAACAGUAUUAUAUCGAGUAACAUACAUUUUUAGUGCCGAGCAUAGGGGAUACACGUUGACAAACGCGUUAUGACGCGUUACGAGGGUAUCAGGCGCGAUCGAGUCGAUCGGAUUUAAAGUCCAAACACCAAUCCUUGGACACGCACUUAAUUCUAGACAUUCUUGUUUCUUUCUCUAAAUGCGAAUAUUUAAACUUUCAAUAUAGAAUAUAUAUAUAUAUAUAUAAAUAAAAUGAAUAUGUACAUAUAUUCUAUGUUGAAAAUCUGAAUAUUCAUAUUUAAAGACCAAAAGAAUGCUUAGGAUUAAGUACGUGUCUGGGCAUUGGUGCUUUUACUUUGACUCGUAAAACGUCGAUCGAACGAAUCGCAGCCGUCGGUCAUACCAUGUGCGCGCGUGCAAGAAAUUUCGGAAGGAAUUUCCGAUUUGAUUCUCAGACGCAAUUUUUGACGCGCACCUAUCGGAGAACGAUGGACGGAGAGAAAGAAGAAAUACGGAAACAGCAAGAGGAGGAGAAAGAGAGAGAGAACCAAAUGUACAGAUACAUUCUCUGAUCGACUCGUCUUGCGCACGAUACUUCAUUUCAUGAUAUGCCAACGGAUAGAUUACGCUCACGAUCGAACGAAAAGUGGCUUGUUGCACGGACGCAGACGCCAGAGGCUCAAUCGAAUCGACGGUCGAUCUGUGUGCGACACGCGCAGGUGUCGAUGGCGCGAUUGCAGGAUCAGCGCGCGAUUACAGGUCAGAUGACGACGAGUUUCGGCGGUUCGUGAAACUUAUUUAUUCUAGCUUUAAACCCUCUUCUCUAAGCAGGCGGCGAGAGCUUAAGUGUUUAGCUGUGAUAUCCCGAGCGUACGCGGACGUACAGAGUUCCUACGUUUAUAGAUAGGCGCAUACGCGCACAUGCACGAAAAUGAAAAAAAAAAAGAUAUAUAAAGAAAUAUACACACAGGCACACGCAUGACAGACACACACAAAGACAUACGUGCACGCAACACAUACACACGCAACAGAGACAUACAUACUAAUGUAGACAGGUAUCGUGCGUUGACGCAUACUAUACGCGUGCCUUAGACGUAGGUGAUUCUCUCCUCUUUUCUCGUAUGUGUUUAUCGUAGAAUCUCGCCUUAUCGCGCGGCAACAUGACAAUUUUAUCUUUCGUAUAUACAAUAGUUAGCCCGUUAGAACUGCGCGCUCCGUCGUAGACGCGAGAGGUGUUCUCGUACUUGGUCGAAACCCGAGGAUUCCGGUUUCGCGGUUUCUGCCGUCUCACCUUGGGUGGAAGGCGCGCGUCGACGCGCCGUAGCUUGCCGAUGUGAAAUACGAAGGACCAUUGUCAAUUUCGGAACGAUAGAAUCUUUCCAACGGGAUCAAGUCCGACGGGAGGAUCGUUCGUGCAAGUCUCAAUUUUACCUGCGCGCUAGCAUACAACGACGUGGCGUCCUUUGCGAUAGGCUAAAGACCCAUAUAUAUAUAUAUAUAUAUAUGUAUGUAUAUAUAUAUAUAUACAUACAUGCAUAUAUGUGUGUACAUAUAUAUGUUUAUAUCGUGUAGAGAUUCGAUCUUUCGUAAUACCGAUGGCGCGGUACUUAUUCAGCGUGUCUGUAUCAUUAGUACGUUUUACGCAUAUUUUUGUACCACGUAUGUGCACGCGUGCCCCGUGAUUUGGUUUCGCUUGACAUUGACGCGCACUUCUUAGGUGUUUAAGGACAUUAUUUCUAUUCUAUUCAAUUACACGUAGCAUAUUUAUUCCCACGUACAUGCAUACUUACGCAGCGCUCUGUUCUAUUUAUUGUAUCAUGUUACCAUUGCAUGUAUUAUUUAUUUGUCAUUCCCUUACUUAUAAUAUGUGUAAUCGUCUCGAAUAAAAUGCAAUGUUUUCUAUCGAA